AUGCCUCCCUACACCCACACUGGCCCUGUGGCAUGCGAUCAAGACUUCGACUCCAGCUCCCUGAAGGGAAAGACCGCCGUCGUGACUGGAGGAGCCAAUGGCCUCGGUGAAGCCUACGUUCGAGCUCUCGUAGCAGCCGGACUAAACGUCUGCAUCGGCGACCUCGACACCAACAAAGGCCAAAAACUAGAAGCCGAACUCCCAGGCACAAAGUUCAUCCCCUGCAACGCCACCACAUGGGACGACCAAGUCCGCCUCUUCCAAGCCGCCGUAUCCCUCUCCCCGACCGGCCGGAUAUCCUACGUCGUCGCCAACGCAGGCAUUCACCGACCCGACGAAGUAUUCCAGUACGAGCAAGAGCCCAAGAAACCAGACCUGAGUAUCAUCGACACGAACAUCCACGGCCCGUUAUACACGGCCAAACUAGCAGCACACUAUUUCAUCCGUCAGAACGGCCAAACACCUACCCCUGAGCAGGAAGAUACCUGUCUAGUGCUCAUCGGCUCUGGGGCUGCUUUCCUGGACUGUCCUCGCGGGCCGCAGUACAGUGCUAGUAAAUGGGCGAUGCGCGGGAUCAUGCAUUCGUUGCGUCGGACGACGCAUUAUUAUGGGAGUAGGGUUAAUGUUAUUUCGCCGUGGUACGUCAAAACGAAUAUCCUAAGCGAAGAGGCCUUCAACCAUGUUACUAGUGUUGGAGUGCAGUUUGCUGAGGCAGAGGAUGCGGGACAAUGUCUGUUGAGGAUUCUCAGUGAUACUACCAUCAAUGGACACUCGCUGUUUGUUGCGGCGCGGAAGUGGGCGAAGAAAGGAUAUAUGGAUUUGGAUUUGGAUGAUUAUCCGGGGGAUGAACUUGUUGGGGAGAUUCAGGAGGAGCAGAUGUGGUCUGCGCCGGUGUCGGAGGGGUUGUUUGUUGAGUAG